CUGUUCUACCUUUGACAUUAUGUUCCACAUUUCACAGUUUAGGAAUUAUAUCCCUACAUGUCUUGUCUAACCCUUGCUUGCCAUCAUAACUGUGCAGCGCCGACUUCUGUGAGCAGCACUUGGCACUGCUGUUCGACAUCAUGGAGAACUCGCCAGAUCCGUGAUCCGCACCAACCUGGUCGUGGCUGUGGGUGACCUCAUGGUCCGCUUUCCUAAUCUGCUGUACACCUGGACAGAGAAGGUCUACGCUCGGUUGCAAGAUCCAUCGCGGGAUGUCAAGAUGGGCACAUUAAAAACGGUCAUCUUCCUCAUUUUGAACGACAUGAUUAAGGUCAAAGGUCAGAUCAGUGACAUUGCCGCCAUGGUCAUGGACGAGGACGCCGAACUUGCAGACAUGUGCCGGAACUUCUUCUUUGAACUCGGGAGCAAG